ACCUUGUAUGUCAGUACACGCCAUGUGUGAUUUUUCACGUGGUUGUUCUCCCAUAAUUCAGAAUUUCUUUGAAAUACUUUAUAAUAUCGUAUAGUGAUUAAUAUUUAACAAUGAAUUUUAAAAAUGACUUUGAUGUUUUUGUGGGUGGUAAAUCAGGAUUUUUUAAAGGAAUCAAGAUUGGACAAAAAGAAUGUGUACAAAAAAAUUUAAGGAGUUUUGUAUCGAUUGGGUAUAAUAAUGAGAUUACCACAGCAAGCUGGGGUGAUGACGAAGAACGAGAAAUACUCAUAGCUUAUGGUACAAAGGAAACGAGAAGUGUCAGUAUUUAUGAUACUGAAGAUAUGUCAUUUACAAGCACAUUUACUUGCGAUGUUGGCCAAGGAAGUAUAAAUGGCAUAUCACGUUAUGGUGGGGCAAUUCUGACUGCAAUUCAUUCUGGUGAGAUAAAAUUAUGGAAAUUUAAUGAUCAAGACCAAGUUAUAUUAAAUGCUGGUGAUAAUUUACAUAGAAUGCGUCAUUCUAAUAUAAACAAAAAUGUAAUAGCUACUGGUGGCAGAGAAAAUGGAUUAAAAUUGUUUGAUUUAGAGAAACAAAAACAAAUUUUUAGUGAAAAGAACGUGCCACAUGAUUUUUUAAAUUUGAGAGUACCAAUUUGGCUUUCAGAUAUUGCUUUUCUUCGAGGCUCACACAAAGUAGUCACUGUUAGCAAAUUCGGUCAUGUACGCUUGUAUGAUUCUAAUGCACAAAGAAGACCAAUCAUUAAUAUUGAAAUAAAAGAUGAACCCCUGACUGCUGUGACUGUACCUUGUAAGGAAAUGCAAGUCAUGAUAGGCUCAGGUAAAGGUAUGAUGAAACUGAUUGAUUUACGAAAACCUGGAAAGAUAUUACAUACGUAUAAGGGUCUGAUCGGUAGCAUAACUGGAUUAGCUUCUAGUGAAGUGGGACCAUAUGUAGUUAGCACUUCUUUAGACAGAUAUUUAAGAGUACAUCAUAUUGAUACAAGAGAAAUGAUCAAAAAGGUUUAUCUGACUUCGAAAUUAACAUGUUUAAUAUUGAGAUCAACAUUUUCUACAGAAACACAGAUUGAUAAUUCUGAAAAAGUUCUAGAUAACUAUAGUAUUAAUAAUAACGACAAUGAAAUUAUGUAUAUAGAGAAUAAAUUAGAGGAUAAAGAUGCAGAAUAUGAAACACUAUUUGAUAAAAUGGAAGUCAUUACGUCGGAAUAUAAAAAAACAAAUUUGUGCUAUAAAAGAAAGAAAUGUACUAAAAGUGCUUCUUUGAUCGAUCAUCCUGAAGAGUCAAAAACAUCAGUGAUGCUGGAACCUUCAAAUACUAUUGUAAAAAGUAAGAAAAUUAAGAAAAGAAAAAAGUUAAUAUCCAAUAAUUAGUUAUAAAUAUAACAACGAAUUGUGUAUAUACGGAAAUUAAUGAAUCUAAAUGCACUUUUAUACAUCAUACGUACGUUUGCUCUUUUUUAUACCUUUUUACGAGGAUUGGAAAUAUAGAUCAGAAUAAAAUAAACGAUAUACAUACAUACAUACAUACAUAUAUAUAUAUACAUACAUAUAUAUAUAUGUAUAUCAUAGUGUAUUCUAUCGCUGAGCACUUUUUGCAUUUAUAAGUUACAUGUGUGAGAGAGCCAAGGAUCAUGCGCUAAUCACUUUGCUCGGGGUACAUAAUAUUAAGAUGUGAUCACGUGAACUAACUACAACACAACUUUGUGUAUCAUACAAUUCAUUAUUAAUACCUCAAUAAAUUACAUUUUGGUUUUUGCAAUGCAAGAACUGCCACGUCCAAUAUCUUUAUCUUUCUUCCUUUUCAAGUUUCUUGCCAAAUUCUCAAUCAUUUUUCUUUUUUUUUUUUUUCUAUAAAUUUGUUGCUUCGUUCGUUAAAGUAAAUAGUGAAUUAAAAAAUUAUCAUGUAAUAUGCAUGCGAAUCAAAUUGAUUUUAUUUCGUAGAAGCUGAAGGAAAGCGAACGUGACUGCUUGCAAAUUUGCGGUAUAUAUUUUGUACUAAAGAGAUUAAGAUUAACUACGGCACGUUAAACCUAUGCGGAUGUACAGUUUGUUUUUCAAUGUACAAAAACCGUCGGUCUCGUAGCUUUUGUCACAAUACUACUAUUGUAAUUAUUUUAUAUCUCAAACUUCCUUUUUUGUUUAUCAUUAAUGGAAUAUUUAAUCUUACACAGAUAAACAUAUACAGGAAUAAUUUCACUAAAUUAUAGGCACUGGCUCUGCACUAUCAAAUAGCGACUUUUUUACCUUUACUUUUAUAGAUAAAAAGAGGAACGUUAGUGCCAAAAAUAGAAAUGAAUAUCAACAAACAGGCCGUUUAUGUACAUGAUUUUUUUAGUAAUUUAAGUAUGUACAAAUUUUUUCAAUAGAAGGCUUCUACAUAUAAUUACUACUUAGCUUCUUUUAUUUUUUUAUAUAUAGAUUAAUUGAAAUAAAAACUAUUUUUUCAAAAGAAUUACAUUUGUUUUCAUAAAAGUAAUUGUUAACAAGUUCUCUUGGUAUAUACUAAUACAUUCAACAAAUUUCUUUUUUUAUGCAUCAUUAGCAUCUAUAAUAUGUGCCUAGAAUUUAUUCAACAAGAUCUACAUACAUAUUGUUUCAAGAGAAUUCCUCUAAUAGGGUUUUAUUUAGAUGCUAUUAAUUUUUUUGGAGGUAAAUGUUAAGAAGAUAAUUGGUUUAAAUAUUUCAUAGGAUGAUGUAUUUGAGUCAUUUUCGAUAAAGAAUAAUUUAGAAUAGAAAAUAUAUUACAAAAGCAAAACAUUUUGUCAAAAAGCCAAAACGAUAUAAUAAUAAGAAAACUUGAAUUACUUUUGUUUAUGUUAUACAUUUCCUAUUUAGAUAUAUAGUGUAAAAAGUACCGUGAAAGAAAAUUGUUUCAGGUAUAAUGUAUGAUAAGUAUGGUCAAUGUAUAUGUGAAAUAAAAAAAAUUCAUUGGUUAAACAUUUCAAAAUUAUGUCUACGCAUCUAUACUCUUAUUAUAUACUUUUGUUUUUUAUAUUAAAAAAAAUAUAAGCACAUAAAGAUUGCUAUAUAUAAUAAUAAUAAUAAUAAUAAUAAUAAUAAUAAUAAUAAAAGAAAU